ACCUAAUUCUUCAUGAUGGAUAACGCCGCUGCCAGCCUGGCGGCGGCCGCCUGGCACCCCGGCCCUCAGUGUGCCGGUGACGGUGGCGGUGGAAAGACCGAGAACUCGGCCAGCGAGCAGCAGAUACAAGCCCAUCGUUCCUUCAACGCUCGCCCUGUGAAGCCCCUGCCACGGUACACCACAGCCACCAACAUGAGGACUCUGCUAGCUCUCGCCGUCAUCGCCACCGUCAUGGGGUCAGGAAUGGCGAUCAAGUGUUACGUGUGCAACAGUCACAUCGACAAGGACUGUGCAACCCUCCCAGCAGACAAAGCCGAUCAGUUUCUUCAACCCUGUGAGAAUCGGAACAACGGAGAGCAAUACAACUUGUGUAGGAAACUUGACAUGUACCUGGACAUGGACUUCGGCGAAAAACACCCAGCGGAGAACCGUAUCCACCGAGACUGCGGCUGGAUGGAGAAGGAGGAAACCAAGGACCAGAUGAGCGACUGUUACUACAAGAGCGGCUACAACACUCGCACGUGGGUCUGCUCCUGCAAAGAUGACGGCUGCAAUCCCGCCUCAAUGCCCUCCGUCGCCGCCUUCCUCCUGCCCCUCCCUGCCCUUGUCGCCGUCCUGAGGGGGCUAUACUAGCCUUCCUGUCCUUAUCCCUCCCCUUCCUCCCUCCUCUUACAUUUUCUUUCUAAAUGACCGGUGCACUUCUGUCUCCCUCACUUCCUACAGGUAAUCGCUCUUCCAUUUCUCCUCCAAAUAUGUCUCUUUCUGUCCAUGCUGUGGUUAUUGCUGUGUUGUCUGCUCAGCGUCCCCCCUCCCCUUCUCCGCCACUCCUCCCCUCCCCAUUCCCGUGGUAGAUGGUAGUGGAGGCACAUUAGUCCCCUAGAAGAUAAUGAGGCACAAACGUAGACCUUCCAGGUGUAAAAUGAAAAAAAAAAUGAAAAAGGUUAAAAAAAAUGGUUCCGCUUUUCCACGAAUCAUUGUUUUGUUUUGAAUAAUUAAAGGCAAGAGCCACUGAUCGUGCUUCUAUCGCUGAAAGGUAAACAUCCCCUUGCCGAGUGGCAUCACGAGCCUGGCCCUCCGUCAGGCAGUCCAGGCCGGCGGCGGCGGGUCUAAUACCGCAGGGUCGCCGGCAAGCGACAGCUCAAGGGCACAGUUGUGAUCUCAUAGUCAGAACCUUCACUGUAGAUAAAAUUAUUACGCAAGAAUCAACGCCUUUUCCAUAUAGUGUAGAUUUAAUCUAGUAAUUGUUAAUUGUUGCGACAGAUGAAUGUAGGGCGUAUAUAUGCGUUGAUUUAAGUUUUGUUGAUGUUAGCUUUGAGUCAAAAUUUUGUAGAUUAGAUCACCUCACUCCAAAUGCAAUACUAUAUAAUUAAUUGAUUUUUUCUGAUGACGCAGCUCAAGUGAGAGUCAUGUUAGAACGAGCGAAACUUCAAGUCAUACUUUUUUAUCUAACGACCGUGCCACCCACUCUCGCCGUGACGCCAUGGUCGACACACAGCAAUGACAGGGACAUCGUGCUUCCCCACCCGGCCUCAGCGGCACCUCGUCGAGGCCGACCGCGUUAUUGAUCGUGUCUUAACCCUGGAGGUCAGAAUCAAAAUUUUAUGGUGGAGAAGAGGAAGCGUGGGAUGGUAGAGACAAGAUUUUUCUCUUUAUUUUUCUACUGAGUAGAAAACAUUAUACAGUUCGGGAGGCGAGAUGCGCGUUAGCAGGAAGCAAUAAGAGUGUGUCGCGGGGGGUCGGGGGGGACAGGGUGUGGGCUGGCCCUACCAAGCUCCACCACUCAGAUCGGCCUUGUGAUGAGAGAAACUUACAUGAAAAUGGGAGGCUUACAUUUCUAAUCGGUCAAGUUAUCCAUUGUAUUUAUCGAAAAAGACAGCAAAAUGGCUGGUUUUAGUAAACAGGAAGUGUUUAUAAGGACAUAAGAACAUUAGAAAAUAAGGGGGGCUGCAAGAAGCCAUCGGGAUUACAGGUAGCAGUCCCUGUAUGAAGCAUGAUUAUCUCUUUCCACCUAUCAAAUCCAUCCACAAAUUUGUGAAAUCUUCUUUUAAAGCUCCCUAACAACCUGGUUAUUGGGUCUAUUCAAAUCAUUUACCACUCUGAGAAUAAAUUUCUUAUCUCUUCUUAAAUCAAACUUUGGGCUCCCGUCUUCAAAGAUAUGAAAUUAAAUAGCACGUCAUCUCACAGUAGUCUUCAACAACUUGUCUCAUUGCUACGUGCCUCUCAAACAGUCUCAAAAGAGCAGCCCCAUUGGUAUAGAAGAUUAGCCAACACCUACCAUGUCUUAAGUCACACUGCUGGACAGACUACAUAAAUCAUGAACAUGACUAUGGACAAGCCUUAUGUCUAACACAUUCUUACCAGCCUUUAUAAGAUAUUAAACUACAAAUCAAGUUACUAUUCUUGGCUGGUUAUAAAGGCCAACUGUAUCACACCCAACGUGAAACCUCUUAGUGAUGGAUCCUCAGCAGGGCUUGGAACUUCUUUUGCUCAUAGUGACGAGGUAAAAGUAAAUGAAAAGAUGGAACUGUUUUUGCUCAUUGUGACGAGGUACGGAGUGAGUGAAGAGGUAGCAAGUUGAAGUUAGUCACACUGUCUUACUAGUCAUGAAGAUUUUCAUAAAAGACAACCAUAAUUAUUUAUUUUUGAUGUGUCUAGUAUUAUUCUUCUAUCUCAUCAAAUAAAUACGCAGAGACAAUGUACUAAGACAGAGAGAGCAGGUUCGGUCGGCUCUGGGAAGUGUCCGAGCUUAGAAGGAUUGACACAUAAAUGGUAGUGGGACGCGAUAAAGUGAUGUUGGUGAUUAUAUGAAGUAAAUGAUUUGUUUUUAUAUGUUCAGGAACUGUCACGGAUCAAUUGCUUCGUCCUCUCUAGAAGCUCUAAGAGAAAGCACCAUGAAAUAUAAAUAUUGCAAAACAGCAACUGUAUUGACGUAUCAGAUGACAGCCGACCAUCACUCGGCAGCAAGCAAGGGUUGUGUCCUAAACAGGUGGGCCUCGGCGGGCCGAUCACACCCUGAGGCGACCGAGCUGAGUCUCUUGACCUGUGGCCUCCAACACAGUGUCACGAUUGUGACUGUUCACACGUAAGAUAUUGCUAAAUUAGGUUUAUGAAAUGUACAUAUAUAUUUUCACAAAUUUAGAAAAAAAAAAUAUACACUCUGAUCACUUUUAGAGUUUUCAACUUGGUGAAAACGACGAUCUUCAGUUUUUAAUCUCGAGCGCCUCAUAGGCGUGUCCCUCAACACACUAACUCAAGAUGACCAACUUUAGCUUCUUUAAAAGCUCGCAACAUGACCCAAACUUGGACGCUAUGUCGAGAGUAUUUGGUGUCAAGUAAAUAAUUGUCACUGAUAUGAAAGACAUUGUAUGCAACGAAUAAUAGGUACUGAGAGUGAUAGGUAUGCAAAGGUACGUUUCCAUGGGAGUGUGUGGUAGGAUGUAGGACAAACCCUUGCGUGCGUGGGCUCUCUGCCACACUUAGGAGGCACUUUGUACACUAGACUGAGAUACCUCAACACGUACACGAACCACAACACCAACGGAGUCCAGCCAAGGAUCCAGCGACGGGCGAGAAUAUUAGUUUUAUUCCGUCUCAGAUUUGCGUCCGUAACCGAGAGAAGGCUGUGCCGGCGGUUGGUCGUCGGCACGACGCGCUGAAAACGUGACGUCGGUGCCAAUUUGUGCCAUUGCUGUUCUGAUUGUUCAUUGUAAUGUUGGACUCUAUCUUGUGAAAUACUAUUUUGUAUUGGAAGAUAUUUUCGUAACAGAGAAGUAUCAAUUGAGAAAGACCAUCCCCUGUAAAAGUGUAACAUAUUGCCGUUGAAGUUUCAGAUAUUAAUACUGUUUUCUUUAUAACACUAUUCUUUUCUUGCAUGUAAAUAAAAGCUAAAUAGGUAA